UUUUUUUUUUUUUUCAUGUCAAUCUUUCCGUUGAUUUCGUUAGUUUCAGAGUGGUUUGUUUGACAGCCACAUUAAAAUCUUUUCUUUCUCCAUUCAUUAUCUUCCGCAAUUGUCGCUUCCAAAAAAAUGCAUAUGAAUACAAAAUUUUGAAAAAAAAAAAAUUGUAUCUUUGGUUGUUCAUUGUAUAAAAAGGCUUCAUUUUUUGCUCUCUCUUUUUUCUUUCUGUUUAAGGAAGAAAGAAGAGAGAGAAGCUGAAAGCCUGAAACUCAUUUUGCAACUCACCUCCUCCACUGUUUGUUGAUUCUUUUUUCGCGUUGUGUUGGCGCCAAAAAAGGAAACCCAGAAAGAAAGUUGAAAUCUUUGAUUAUUGAUCACAUGAUCAACGGCCAUUAAUGGGUUGUGUGAGUUCCAAGCAGGCUGUUUCGGUGACGCCUGCUUUCGACAACUCCGGCGCUUUACGUGACAAUGCGGGUGCAAGUAGUGCCGGGACCAAUUCGGGUCGGUCUCGGGUCGGGUUCUCGGAGCGUGAGAAGAAUAGGAGCAGCGGCGGUGGCGGUAGCAAGAAGAAAAAAAAGAAUAGUAAUAGUGGGGGUGUGAGUGAUUUGGGUAGUGGGUUGGGAAUGAGUGGGAGCGAGUUGGGUGAGUCGGGUCAGGCGAGUUGGAGAUCGGACUCGUUGAGUUUGAGGUUGGGGAAUUUACAAAAGUAUUUAGAAGGUGAACACGUGGCAGCCGGGUGGCCUGCUUGGCUUAGUGCCGUCGCCGGUGAAGCUAUCCAGGGUUGGGUUCCACUCAAGGCUGACUCUUAUGAGAAGCUUGAGAAGAUAGGACAAGGUACGUAUAGCACUGUGUUCCGGGCUCGAGAUCUUGAGAGUAAAAAGAUAGUUGCUCUAAAGAAGGUGCGGUUUGACAAUUUUGAGCCUGAGAGCAUUCGAUUCAUGGCAAGGGAGAUAUUGAUUCUUCGAAGGCUUGACCAUCCAAACAUCAUAAAAUUGGAUGGAAUAAUUACUUCCCAAAUGUCUUGUAGCAUAUACCUUGUGUUUGAGUACAUGGAACAUGAUAUCACUGGACUUUUGUCUUGUCCUGACAUCAAGUUCAGCGAGUCACAGAUUAAAUGCUAUGUGAAGCAGUUGUUAUCUGGACUUGAUCACUGCCAUUCACGGGGUAUAAUGCAUCGGGACAUUAAAGGAUCAAAUCUCCUUGUAAAUAAUGAAGGAAUCCUAAAGAUGGCCGAUUUUGGUUUGGCAAACUUCUAUGGUUCUGGGCACAGGCAACCGUUAACAAGUCGUGUCGUAACCUUAUGGUACCGUCCCCCUGAACUUUUGUUGGGCUCUACAGAUUAUACUGCAGCUGUGGAUCUUUGGAGUGUUGGCUGCGUAUUUGCUGAGCUUCUCCUUGGGAAACCUAUCCUGCAAGGAAGAACAGAGGUCGAACAAUUGCAUAAAAUUUUCAAGCUCUGUGGGUCCCCACCUGACGAUUAUUGGAAAAAAUCCAGACUUCCUCAUGCAACUUUAUUCAAACCACAACAACCUUAUGAUAGUAGUCUUCGGGAGACUUUUAAAGAUUUAUCAGCAACUGCUGUGAACCUAAUAGAAACUUUGCUUUCAGUGGAGCCAUACAAGCGUGGGACUGCUUCCUCUGCUCUUGCAUCAGAGUAUUUCACAACAAAGCCUUAUGCAUGUGAUCCAUCAAGCUUGCCAGUAUAUCCACCUAGCAAAGAGAUUGAUGCAAAACAUCGUGAAGAAGCAAAGCGGAAAAAGAUAAGUGGAAGAGUUCGCAGGCCUGAAACAAGAAAGCCAAUAAUAAAACCCCAUGGCAUAAGUAAAUUGGCACCAGUUGAGGAUGCUGUUGCACAAACUCAAGUUUCUCAGAAAAUUAAUGGUAACCAUGUCCAUAACUCAAAGCAAAGAAAUGCCACUAUCAGUGAGGGAGUGUCAAACCCAUCUACUGAUGCACUAGAAGAGGCUACCCAUGUAAAGCAUGCAUCCCAAGGUGAUAUUCCUUUCUCUGGUCCAUUACAAGUUUCUACAUCAAGUGGCUUUGCAUGGGCCAAAAGACGAAAAGAUGAUGCAUCCAUAAUAUCAUACAGCAGAUCUAUCUCAAGAGGUCACAUUUACAAUUCUUUAGAUCCUUCUGCUCAAUUACAUACACAAAAUAAUUUUGAUUCAAAACGACAUGAAAAUGGGGAUGCAAUAUAUGGAGGUCGCACUGAUUCUAGAGGCCAUGAUUCAUGUGAAUCUGCCAAGCAUGCUACGCAGAAACAAUGGAGCCAGUUCGAGCGCCCAGAUUCAUUUGAUGCUUCUGAUGAAUACCACUCACAAGAGCUAUCAUUGGCACUUUAUCAAAGAGAGGAAAUGGCAGCCAAGAGAAAUAAUUUGGUUUACCAAGAUGAAGGGGACAAGGUUGAAUUUUCAGGUCCUUUGUUGUCUCAAUCACACACAGUUGAUGAACUCUUAGAACGUCAUGAACGGCAGAUUCGCCAAGCAAUUCGAAAGUCAUGGUUCCGAAGAGGUAGAAAACAUGGGAAGUAAUCUUCAGAUAUUGUCAGGUCUAAGGGCUCAGUGGCAGUAAGGCAUUGAUUCAGGAUCCUACACUCCAAGAAAAAAAGUGAUAAGUCGGCUGCCAAUGCCAUGCCCAUCAAUCAUACCAAUAACAACAUCAAGUUGAAGCUUCUGCACAAAAGUGGUGAAGAACAAAACUGGGAAACUACAAUAUGAUGGUACGGCUGCAUGUUACAAUUCAUAGAGCUUUAAGGGAAGAGGAAAGGAAGAUGGCCAUGGGUGGCUGGUCGGUCUCCUUCUGCAAAGAACCAUGAUUUCAUUUUUUAACCUUCCAAUCGAAGUUUUCUACUCACUUCCUUUUUGUUUCCUUACUUUCUCAUCAUCAAGACUGAUCUUAUCAUGUAUAGGUUCAUAGCAAUUGAUUGUGAGAACUAUUGUGUAUUUUGAUCAUGAUUCAUAAAGCUUAUCAAUGUCUGGCUUCUCUCUUUUCUGAUAUAUAUAGUUCAGUGUUUCUUUGGUAGUUCUUUAGGU